AUGUUGCUUCUGAAAGCCUGUUUGCAUCAACACCCCUUCACAUACAACAAGCGUGGCUUGAGCGCUGACUUCGAGUUGAGCUCUCCUCUUUCGAAAUCGUGCGACAAAGUGUUGAUUCAAGAGGCAUCUUCGCCUGUACCAUUCCGCCGCUGUUUCAGUGACAGUUUCCAGCCACUGCAAGCGGAGGAGACUAAGAUCCAGUGGCCCGAGAGAGAAGGACGCGAGGUUCGGCGCCGCAGCACCUUCCAGCUGACGAUGUUCUUCGAUGACCUCUACGAAGACUUCGGCGCGGAGGAUGAAGAUGAGGACGCUGCCUUCUUUGAUGGCGCUCCAGCCGAGCCAAUGAAUGAGGAUGAUGAUGACGACCAGGUCUAUGACUUUGACGACCUGGAUGAUGGUGGAGGACCAGCACGGCCGUUGGGACCUAACGGAAGCCACAUCCCCGCCCCGCCGACCUUUGCGGGGAACGUGGAGGAUGAGCCCUUCUGCUUGUUCAGGCUCUAUGAGAGGAAGCUCAAGGACGCCCAGGUCCCUCCCUAUCCGGACGAGACUCGAGCGGUUAAGCUGCUCGAUGGUCUACGCCUUGACGAACGUGCCACUUCGCAAUUGCUCCUAGCUGCCGGCAAUCGCUACAGCUUCCAAGCGCUGGUUGAAGCGAUCCACAUCCAAUACCCAGCAGGGCUGACGCUGACGGGGAUGUCUCGACAUCCAGCCAUGCCUGCAGAUGACGACCCAGUUGAGGAGGUCUUCAUGACUGCCGGUGAUGAAGUCCCACAGUAUGAGAACGACCCGAACGACGACACCUUCGACUACCAGUUCGCUGACUAUGAUGAGCAGGCUGAUGACUAUGCAGCCGCAGCAGGGAGUUCGAGCCCGAUGAACUCCCUGAACAUGAGGCCGGCGAUGACGCUGGCGAUGAACACCAGGCAAGUCUCUGCCUGGGUUGCGGUGCCUCAGAUCACUGGCUUCGUGAAUGCCCACAUGUCACGCAGCACCAAGCACAUGUAUGCUCAGCUUCAUCCACCCUGGAUGGAGAUGGCACUGUGGCAGGUCUUGACUGAUGAUGACAGCUUGCCGCCUUGGGAAGCCCUGGUGCCAGAUGGAUGGCACCCUGAUGACUAUGCCGACUAUGAAGACGGCAUGGCUUUCUGGAGGCAAGAAGCUCAGAGUUUGAAUGCCCUCAUGGACGAGAAUGGCAACAUCCCAAUAAAUGAGGGAGCUUCCUUCACCAGCAGGUUCUUUUCGAACCGCUCGGGCCACAGAGUCCGAAUUUGCUUCUUGUGCACCAAGCAGAGCUCCGAGCGAAUUUCAUGA